CUACUGCUCUCAAAACCCGACCUACGCCAGUUUUUCCUCUUCUACACAGUCGCAUCAACACUCUCCUUUCCGUCACAAUGGCCGACGAUGCGCAGCAUGAGCACACCUUCGAGAGCGCCGAUGCCGGUGCCUCCACCACCUACCCCAUGCAGUGCUCUGCCUUGAGGAAGAACGGAUUCGUCGUCAUCAAGGGCCGCCCUUGCAAGAUCGUUGAAAUGUCUACCUCCAAGACCGGAAAGCACGGUCACGCCAAGGUCCAUUUGGUCGCCAUCGACAUCUUCACUGGCAAGAAGCUCGAGGAGUUGUGCCCUUCCACCCACAACAUGGAUGUCCCCAACGUCCGCCGCCAGGAGUACCAGCUCCUCGACAUCACUGAUGAUGGAUUCCUUUCCCUCAUGUCUGAUGAUGGCUCCACCAAGGACGACGUCAAGCUCCCCGACGGUGAGAUUGGCGACAAGGUCAACAAGCUCUUCACCGAGGAUGGCAAGGACACUAACGUCAUUGUCCUUACCGCUAUGGGUGAGGAGACUGCUAUUGAUGCCAAGGAAGCUCCCAAGGGCUCUUAGAUGGCUUAAAAGGCAGAUAGAUGAACAGGGAGGGGGUUGGCGUUGUAAUAAACGUCCGCAAUAUCAAAAGUGCAAUGGGGGCUUCUGUAUGGUUCCGUGCAGGGCCGCAGCCUGUUUGUCGUUCUUCAGGCCCCGCUCAUGGCGACCCUUGUUUGCGGUUCUUCGGACGGAUUGGGAUUUUUCUUGCAUUGCCGCUUUCUACGUAUUGGGGACUAGCAGUUACGGAUUUCCCCCUUACUCUAGAUUAUUCCCUGUGGCAACGAAUAAAAGAAUGAU